AUGCUCACGCUCUACGCCGAGCCGUUCCUCAAGCGGCACUAUGCCCCGCUGUUCUCGUGGGCCUCGCUCUCGCUCGCGCUCACGGCCGCCGCCGGGCUCGUUCUGCCGUUUGUCCUCGCCUAUGCCUCGGGAUCCUUCUGGCUCAAGCUGGCGACCUCCUUUGAGCAGCCCAAGGUCGGAUUCACGGGCAACAUGGUCCUGUUACUGGAGGGCAACGUGCGCGCUGCCUCAAGCAUCCUGCCGCUCUCGAUCUAUUGGGCAUCCAGCGAGGCCUACAACGUCCAUUACAACGACCACACCCGCGUGCCCACCAUCAAGUUCCGAGAUACGGAUGUCAAUCGGGACGGCAUCGUGGACUACUUUGACCUGUGGUUGACCAUUCCGCUGCGUGACAACGAGGACAUUUACCACGUACGACUGGGCUUGGAGAUGCAGUAUGUCCUUUACGAUGUCAUUCGCUUCAAGAUGAGCGCGCUGGCUCUGCACGAUCUCAUGACGACCACACCGGGCUCGUCUGUGGAUGUCGAGGCCGAUCUGCAACUGGUGCAACGAGACCGAGUGCGCGACGGGCGCCUCUGGGACAUGAAUGCCGACCCGAUCUGGAACUUUACAGACUCACGCUCGACUUGGGAAUGGCGUGCAGUCCUGGAGCGAUACAACCAGCGCGAUGUGCGGACAACGCUUGCGCCUUUGACUGAGCUGUGGCAGGCUCCUCGCGCUCAAUCAUCCAAUUUUCAAAUCCACACCCGCAUCCACUUCCCGGAGCAAGCAGUCACCUACCGGCCCAAGCUGGCCGAAACCCUCAAGAGUGGCUGGAUCCAGUACAUAUCGUUUCUGGUCUUGUUCUGGGCGGUCAGCAGCUGGGUCUACAGCUUCAUCUUCCGACAUCAAAUCAUUCGCACCUACGUUCAGCCCGACCGGGUACCCGCGAGCCGAGGUUUCAAAACGCAUUCCUUCUGA